AUGUCUGCUGUCAAUCGUGGGUUACGCCAGGCCACCAGAUCACUGCGCCUCCACCGCUGCUGCCCGCCCUCGGCUUUGCGGCCGUUGUGCGCUCUCAAGAAAGCCGCUGGCCACGUCUCGGGCGCUGCCACACCCCCGCGCAGCAGCUUCUCCACCAUGGCCUCGCUCCAGUCUGCCAGCGCCGCGACGCCCUCGCCGUCGGCGGGCAAGGGCUACGACCAGGAGAUUCUCGACAUUGCGAGCUACGUGCACAACCAGAAGAUUGAUUCGGAACUGGCCUUUGACACAGCGAGAUGGGUGUUUCUCGACACGCUGGGCUGCGGCCUCGAGGCUCUGCGGUUCAAGGAGUGCACCAAGCUCCUCGGGCCCAUCGUCCCCGGCACCACGGUUCCUUCGGGCACCAAGGUUCCCGGCACCGAGUUUCAACUCGACCCCGUCAACGGCGCCUUCAACAUUGGCGCCAUGAUCCGGUGGCUCGACUACAAUGACUGCUGGCUCGCUGCUGAGUGGGGUCACCCCAGCGACAAUCUGGGCGCCAUCCUUGCCGUGGCCGAUUGGGUGUCGCGGACAAACAAGGCGGGCCAGCACAAGGUUGCCGGCGGCAAGAUUUUCACGGUCCGCGAUGUGCUCGAGGCCAUGAUUAAGGCCCACGAGAUCCAGGGUUGCCUAGCCCUGCUGAAUUCGUACAACAAGGUCGGUCUUGACCACGUCGUUCUCGUCAAGGUUGCCAGCACCGCCGUGGUCAGCAAGAUGCUCGGCCUCAGCGAGAAGCAGACGGCCGAUGCCAUCACCCACGCUUGGGUGGACGGCCAGAGCUUGCGCACCUACCGCCACACGCCCAACACCAUGUCUCGCAAGUCGUGGGCUGCUGGUGAUGCCUGCCAGCGCGCUGUCAACCUGGCCCUCAAGGUUCUCAAAGGCGAGACCGGUAUCCCCUCUGUUCUCUCGGCUCCUACUUGGGGCUUCUACGAUGUCCUGUUCAAGGGCAAGAAGUUUGAGUUCCAGCGGGGCUAUGGCAGCUAUGUCAUGGAGAACGUGCUCUUCAAGGUGUCUUAUCCUGCUGAGUUCCACUCGCAGACCGCCGUCGAGGCGUCGGAGAAGAUCUAUGCUCAACUGAAGGCCAUGGGCAAGUCUGCCGCCGACAUCAAGGCCGUCACUUGCCGAACGCAUGAGGCCUGCAUCCGCAUCAUUGACAAGCAGUUCAAGCCCAUGGACAACUUCGCAGACCGCGACCACUGCAUCCAGUACAUGUGCUCCGUCAUGCUCGUCUAUGGUCGCCUCACCGCCGGGGACUAUCCCGACGGCUCCGAGGCCGCCACCUCGCCACUGGUCGAGUCGCUCCGCAAGAAGAUCAAGUGCGUCGAGGACCCGCAGUUCACGGCCGACUACCAUGACCCGGCACUCCGUACCAUCAGCAACGGUUUGACGGUCGAGCUGAACGACGGCACGGUGCUGCCCGAGGUGGUCGUUGAGGCCCCGCUUGGCCACCGCUUGCGCCGUGAGGAGGCCAAGCCGCAUAUUCUGGCUAAGUACAAGCGCCACUUGGAGCCCCAUUUCAGCGCCGAGAAGGUGCAGGGGCUUGUUGACCUCGGUCUGGACGCCAAGAAGCUUGAGGCCAUGGGCGUGGACGAGUACGUUGAUCUGUACGUCUGCAAGGACAGCAAGUUCUUUAAGGAGCAAUAA